AUGGCGCACGCUUCGGCUGCGCUGGUCAUGGCGCCGCCACCGCGGGGGCGCAUGGAGGAGCAUCCCCCGCUCCUGGAUGUAGAUUACGAUCCUCCUCUCUCACCUGUGGAGGAGCCAGCAGGCGUCGUGCUGCCCGAUGAAGGUCAGCCUGGGGACCUCGAUUCCACUGAUCACGACACGCAUGUAACAUGGCACUCGGCCUUGUGGCUGCUGCUCACUAGGAUAGGCCUCGCCUUGGCUCUUCAGACGUCCGUGCAAGUCAUCUCCAACGAAAUAUGGAUAGCUGAGGUAGCUCUUAUGCAGCUUCAAACAGCAACAUGCGACUGGUUCCACAAAGAAGACGUUGAAUGCUUGACAAUCAAUGCAUCGGACGAAUGUGAUAGAGCUUCAAACGCAAACACUCUCGAGGACUGUGAAAUCACUCUGUCCAAUGUUAUCGAUCGUUUCACUGCCACAUUCCCUGCAUAUCCACCAACACCAGAAGAGCUUGAAUUUAUUGCUGCGAAGAACGAUGUGUGGAAUAGGGCGCUAAGGCCUGUGCUAUCACUUUGCUUGUCGCAGCUUGUGCACAUACAUUGUCCCAGGGCCUUCAUGGUGGUUCCGCUUAUCACGCAUCCCUUGCGUGUGGUUUCAAUUCGAUUGGUGCACUCGGAUCUAGCGAGAGAAACUCCUAGCAAACUCUGGGACUUGUUGAUCCUGUCGUUCAAAGGCAAGGACGGAUCAAAUCUCUUUUCUGGGCUGCUUCCCAGAUUCUUUAGCUUUCUCAUAAUGGAGAGGAUAAGAAAGAUGAGAAUCGAAGAAAGAAUUCGACGAUUCUUUCGUUCGCUUAGACAACGAAGGCAUAGAGGCUUUUAUGCAGAACAGCUGGAGAGGCUUGUUGCAGGCUUGGUUAAUGUGCUGGUGGGCACCUCCUUGUCGUAUCCGCUCUGCGUCAUUGAAAGAAGGAUGAGCGUAGAAAAGAAUUCUCCUCAUCCACUGUCUUUAUUUCAAUUCUUUCGGUACGUUGGCAGACAAAUCCGGGGGGAAGGAUUAGGAUCACUUUACAAGGGAAUGUCUGCAGCUAUGCUCAUAGCAAUUCCCAAAUUCUGUCUUCGCUAUACUUCACGUUUGAACAAGGAAAUCAUGAUGAGCUGGUUCGGAAUACGAUGGGGCUGGAUACCGGUUCUCCCGGCAACAAUCUUCUCAGCGAUCAACGCUGGUCGUGCGAGACUGUCAUUCCCAUCUAGUCUUGCCGUUGUGGCUUGCAGUGUCGCAGCUCAGUGCCAUCAGCUUCUGGUCGACCAUGGAAAAUUCCUCAACCGUCAGAGGCUGCUCAGGAACAGUGGUGAUCGGGCACGGGCUCUCAGGCUGCCGCUUGUACGUUUCAGGUCAGACGACGUUCGAAGGACCUGGUUCCGCAUGGCGUACGGGAGCGAUACGCCUGAUCAAAAUCAGAUCGUCACCGAAGACGGGACCUUCGACUCUGUGGAUGAAGUUACUGACAAUCCCAUGACGAGGGAGAGAGACGAAGAUGUCAAUGACAUCUCAAACCAGUUAACGACAAGCUUGUCAGAUUAUUACAACGGUCCUGAGCAUGCAGAUCAUUCGCCCAACUUCAUCAACAAGAUGCAGGCAAUGAGAACCAUGUACCUCAGGACUCGCAACUUCGCAGACCACAACCCUUUGUCCUUGGUGGUUGAUCCAAAUAAUGUGCUUGCUUCCACGUUCCUGCUGCUAGAAGCUAUUCCUGCAGAGGUCCUCGUCAAUCGGCCAAUUUUUGUCCGUCUAGAGGGGCAGGAUGGAGCUGAUUGGGGAGGAGUUCGUCGCUCGUGGAUUGCAAGAGUGGCGCAAGAGCUCUUCGAUCCGAGGUUCGGCCUUGUGCUGGCUGUGUUUGGCAAUGGCGGGGAAGCGACAGGGAAGCUGAUCAUCAAUCCAGCUCCGGGGCUGUUGUCUUAUUCGGAUGGCUCGCAUGAAGCGGAACACGACUCGACUUGGAACGAUCGCUACUACAAGUUCAUGGGGAGACUGAUGGCCCUUGCGCUCAUCUCAGGAGAUGUGCUUGGAGUGAACAUGGAUUCCGCCUUCUACAAGUUUCUGAUGAUCCGCGACAACCUCAAAGUCAUUGCCUUUGCUCCCACGCAGAUGAAUUCAAGUGCAGAAUGUGAAUUCAUCGCCAAUCGUUACAAGCUCCGUCACAUCAUGGUUCUCAAGCUGAUCAGACAUCACCUGGCGCAUUCGACGCCUGAAGGAAAUGCUCUGAGGCGUAUCAUACGGAACAUCUUUGACUCGAAGUUGUCGUGCCAUGAAUCGGCAGAGUUCAUCUUCUGCGUGCUACACGGAAAGGAGAAACUCUGGGCCGACAAGAGGCUUCACAGCUUUCCCUUUCUCAAUGAGUCAGAAAGUUUUGACGUUAUGAGAUGUGAAGACACCAGGAAGCAACUCACGACCAUCCUCCUUUCCAUCCUCUACAACAAGUUGAAGCAACGCCGCCGCCAUGAGAGAGGCUGGGUGCUGGAAGGCAUGCCGCAUCGGAAGGACUUUCUAGAGAUGUUCUUCAGCAAAGGCGAGGCUUACCUCCCGAAAUGUGCAAUCAUCUUCAAACCAAAGAACCUGACCGAUUUCGACGAUUCUUCUGAUAUCUCCAAGUUGGUCUCUCACUCCAAGAAGUAUGAGGUCUACAAUACGGAGUACCUGGCUCAGAUAGGAAGUUUGAUCAGCCUCACGAAGAAGUGGCAGAUUCCAUACUCGGUGGUCCAGUCGAGCCAUUUCUGCUUUUGCUCGUUGCUGCGGAGGAAAGCACCAGAGAGUGACUGGGAGCAGGACACAGUCGAAGUUGAGCUAGACGUGGAGAUUGAAAACAAGUUUGCAACCACCCAGAGCAAGAGUCAGACUGAGACAGAAGAGGUCGACAAGCAGAAAUCAGAUGAUAUCAAACUGGACCAGAGCACGGGAUGGAGCGAGAUCGAUUGCUGUGAGGCGAACUCAAGUUUGCAGGCAGAAAACUUCGAGCCCUGCGAUCUUGUGCUCGAGGGGUCGAAUGCGACGAUGAUCCGACAGGAUGCGGCGCAUCUGCGGGCCCACGAGGUGCCUGGCGUGCUGGUGGUGGACGAAGGCCGAUCAUUUCACAUCAACCCGGACGAGACUCGUUGGGACCUUUUGAGCCAGCGCCGACAUUCUUCGCACUUGGGCGUAGAUGACGGGAAGUGUCGGUACGGGUGCUCGAGCAGCCUGGCAGAUUCUUGUCCCUUUCCAGAUGUUGUGCGCGACGUCUAUCAGUUUGUCGACUCGGUGAGAUGGAGUGACGUGGAGCAGCCGGGGCUGGAGGAUCUGCUGCAGUCGAACCCUGCGGAGUACUUCAAGCUCGCAAAGCUGCUCUCUCUCGGACGAGAAGACUUGCAGAGAUGGGUUGAUGAAGGACAGAUGCGAUUCGUGACAACGAGCAAAGAAGCUCGCGUUGCUCCCCUGCUGGGGGUCCCGAUGUCCUCCCUUUCUCAGGUUGAGAGUGAAGUGCUGGGAGGGUUCGGAGCAGACGAGCUGGUCGCUGCUGAGACGCUCAAGGACUACGUGGACCUGGUGUGCCACAAGGAGAUGGUGGAGGAUGUCACCGAGCAGAUGGCGAAGAUACGGCAAGGGUUUCACGAGCUUGCUCCUCCCUCCAUCCUCGGCAAGUUUCUCAAUCCCCUCGGUGAGUCUCGUCGCUGCUGCUCGCGGCCUGACGUGCUUCGAGACCUCGAGAAGUGCAUCGCGGGCGAAGCGCACAUCGACGUGGAUGACUGGAUGGCGAACAGCACGACCAAAGGGUUCGACAGGGAGGCGCCGCAGCCUUCUUGGUUCUGGGAGUUCGUCGAGGAGAGCAACCAGAGCUGGCGGAGGAAGCUCCUCAGCUGGACGACUGGGAUGGUUCGCCCCCCCCCGGGAGGCUUCUCGCAGAUGCCGCACGUGUUCACCAUCCAGAGCGACCCAGACCUCGAGCACCGCGACAGGCUUCCCGUCGCCCACACGUGCGGCUUCCAGCUGGAUCUUCCGCUCUAUCCCAGCAAGGAGGUGCUGGUUAGCAAGAUGACGCUGGCAGUGGAGUACGAGAGUGACUUUCACUUGGUGUAG